UCAUUUUCAGUAUGAUAAGUUGGCUCUCACUGCUAUUACUUGGUCUUUCCUAGUGAUUUUGACCAAAAAAAAAAAGUCUUUCUUUGUGAAACUUUUUCUGAGCAACUAUGUCUAGGAAGCUUUCACAUCCAAGCAUGGAUGAAAAUGCCAGUAAAAAGGCAAGGUAUGAGGCUGGUGAAACCAAAACCAUAAGGGGAACAGUUGUUUUGAUGAAGAAGAACUUCUUGGAUUUAACUGAUGCCAAGGAUGCUGUUGUUGACCAAAUUGAUGAGGUUCUUGGACAUAAGGUCUCUCUGCAGCUCAUCAGUGCCGUUAAAACUGACCUUGGUAAUAAGGGCAGAGGGAAGCUUGGAAAGCCAGCAUACUUGGAAGGGUGGAAAAUUACAAGUUUAACAGAAAGAGAUGCUACCUUCAGUGUCAACUUUGAAUGGAAUGAGGAGAUUGGAGUCCCAGGGGCUUUCUUGAUCAAGAACUCUCAUCACAAUGAAUUUUAUCUUAAAACUUUGACUCUAGAUGCUGUUCCAGGCCAUGGAAAAGUUUAUUUUGUCUGCAAUUCUUGGAUCUACCACUCUGAGUACUAUAAAAAGGAUCGCGUUUUCUUUGCCAACCAGACUUACCUUCCAAGCGAAACACCAGCACCCUUACAGUAUUAUAGAGAAGAGGAACUGGAAAAUCUGAGAGGAAAUGGAACUGGGAAGCGUGAGGAAUGGGACAGGGUCUACGACUACGAUGUCUAUAAUGAUUUAGGUGAUCCUGAGAAGGGUGAAACACACGUUCGGAAGAUUCUUGGAGGAUCAUCUGGUUACCCUUAUCCUCGUAGAGGAAGAACAGGCCGGCCACCUACAAAAAUUGAUCCUAAAUGCGAAAGCCGGAUGCCAUUAAGGAAAACCUUGGAUAUUUAUGUGCCUAGAGAUGAGAGGUUCAGCCCACUAAAGAUGUCUGAUUUUGCAGCAACAGGACUGAAAACCACAUUUCAGUUCAUUGUCCCGGGGUUUUUGGGUCUUUUUCAUAAAACACCCUUUGAAUUUGAUUCAUUUAAGGAUAUGUUGAAACUCUAUGAAGGUGGAAUCAAGUUGCCUAGUAAAUCUUUCGUGGACAAAGUAAGAGACCAUCUUCCAUUGGAAUUACUGAAAGAACUGCUACGAUCUGAUGGUGAUUAUGUUUUUAAGUUCCCUAUGCCACAAGUAAUCAGAGAGGAUAAAUCGGCAUGGGGGACAGAUGAAGAAUUUGCAAGAGAAAUGCUGGCUGGACUAAAUCCUGUCGUUAUCCGUUGUCUCCAAGAAUUUCCUCCGACAAGCAAGCUAGAUCCUACACUAUUUGGUGAGCAGAGGAGUACAAUCACCGAGGAACAUAUAAAGGACAAUCUAGAUGGAUUAACCAUAGGCCAGGCAAUCAAGGACAAGAAACUUUUCAUUUUGGAUCACCAUGACAGCCUUAUGCCAUACUUGAACCGUAUAAACACAACUACCACACAGACAUAUGCCUCAAGAACAUUGCUUUUCUUGAAAGCAAAUGGUACAUUGAAGCCACUUGCUAUUGAGUUAACUCGAGAGGACAAGCAGUCCAGAAUUGUUCACAAAGUAUAUACACCUGCAGAAAGUGGUGUUGAAGCAAACAUUUGGCGGCUUGCAAAAGCUUAUGUCACAGUGGAUGACUCCGGCUAUCAUCAGCUUGUUUCCCAUUGGUUGCACACUCAUGCAGUAACCGAACCAUUUAUCAUAGCAACAAACAGACAUUUAAGUGUUCUUCAUCCGAUUUAUAAGCUUCUGCAUCCUCACUUCCGCGACACAAUGUACAUUAAUGCAUUGGCCCGUCAAAUGCUCAUCAAUGCUGAUGGAAUUCUUGAAAUGACAGUUUUUCCAGGGAAGUUUUCUCUGGAAAUGUCAGCUACCAUUUACAAGGACUGGGUUUUCCCCCAGCAAGCUUUGCCUGCAGAUCUCAUCAAGAGAGGAAUGGCUGUGGAGGACUCAAGCCAACCUCAUGGCAUCAAGCUAGUAAUAGAGGACUAUCCAUAUGCCGUAGACGGGCUCGAGAUUUGGUCUGCAAUCAAACAUUGGGUGACAGACUAUUGCAACUUCUAUUACAAGACCGAUGAAAUGGUCCAGAACGACACAGAAUUGCAGUCUUGGUGGAACGAAGUAAGGGAGAAGGGGCACGGAGACAAGAAGGAUGAACCAUGGUGGCCUCAGAUGCAGACUCGUGAACAACUCAUAGAUUGUUGCACAAUCAUAAUAUGGAUAGCUUCAGCACUUCAUGCAGCAAUAAAUUUCGGGCAGUAUCCUUAUGGAGGAUACCCUCCAAACCGUCCAUCGAUGAGCAGGAGGUUCAUGCCCGAGCCCGAAACUUCUGAGUAUGAAGAGCUUAAGUCCAACCCUGAGAAGGCUUUUUUGAAGACAAUCACCCCUCUGCCACAAAGCAUACUUGGUAUUGGCUUGAUAGAAGCAUUGUCAUUGCAUACAUCUGAUGAAGUCUUCCUUGGCAAAAGAGCUCCUGAAUGGACCACAGAUGAAGAACCACUACAAGCAUUUGAAAGAUUUGGGAAGAAGCUAGAAGAAAUUGAACAUAAGAUUAUUAAAAUGAACAAUGAUACAAACUUGAAGAACAGAGUUGGACCUGCCAAUAUUCCCUACACUUUGCUAUGUCCUAGUAGUGAGCUUGGACUUACUGGCCGCGGAAUUCCCAACAGUGUUUCAAUAUAAUUCUUAUCGGGCAGAGGCCGACUUAGUUAGGUUCUAUGGGUUCAAGUGAGUUCAUUGCUAACGACAAGAACCAUGUAUACAUAUAAUAAGAUUGCACCUAAUAACUCUAACCAUGGAUUUACCUUUCGGCCAAAUAAGAAGCUUUUGAGCAGUCAUUUAUAACUACUGGGAAGAGACAUGCAGCAAACAUGAAUGUAAUGUUUUGUAUUACUAUAUUCAGAAAUCAGAAGGUAAAGAACUGUCUUCUACCUUUGAAGUACUUUAGGAUUAUAUCCCGCGCCGAGGAUUUGUGCUUGGAUAUAAAUGCUGCUGAACAGCCAGUAAAGAAAAAGUUCAAUUUCUAUACAAUCAUAAAUCAUGAAUUUUAAAUGAACUUUCGUGUUAAAAGGGACGAAGUAUGACAAUGACAAACUCCAUAGGACCAUAGCUAUAUGUCCACCAUUAACUCUCAAUGGUUGCAAAACUACACUCAUUUUAUUAAAUGGCAUGCAACUGUUAGUAGAAUAUCUGAUAGUCAAUACAUCUACAUCAUUAUUCUUAAGUCUUAGGGUUUCAUUUAUCUUAUUUUACGUUUUGCAUUUGCAAAUACUAGUGCUUAUAAUACAACACACUACAAAUAUAGUAUAGUUUAUUCUUGUUAGCAAAAGAUGUAACGUUUUGAGGAAGAAAAAAAAUAGAAAAACAAGAAAGAAAAAUAUCAAGUAGAAAUAAGAUUAAUCAUUUCACAAAAUGAAUGUAAAAGUCACUCUGGCACUGCAUGAGGGUGUUAGAUAGAAAAUGUUAUAACUGUGGUGACAACAUCAAUUAUCAAUACCCCAUAAUUAAGAGCCUGUUUGGAUUGGCUUAUAAGUUGCCUAUAAGCUGUUUUUAGCUUUUUUGACUGUUUGACUGGUCAGCUUAAAGUCAUUUUGUGCUUAAAAUAAGCCAAAAAAAUUAAUUGAAUCCGUUUAGCUUAGCUUAUCUAAAGUUUCAGCUUAUAAGCCAAAAAAAAAUAAAAUUGGACUACCCCAACUUUUUUUUUUUUGGGUUUAUAAGCUGUUUCCAGCUUAUAAAUUAUUUUUUUAAGCCCAUC